CAAACCACUGGCUCCACCGCUCCAAUGGUAACGAGCCAGCCCCUUCCCCUUAUCCGUCCCACCAUCAUCAUCACACAUGCAUCGCUCUCAGCCACCCUCCCUUUAAUCCCUUCCUUAAUCACCCCGCACCAUGCAAUGUAACCCACUCUCUAUUGAAUGCUAAUAACCACUUUCUUCUUUGAUUCUCAACACUUCCUAAUGCGCACAGUAUUUCUCGGUAAACCCAACCACCCAGCGUCUCGUGUCUGAGAUUCAGAAUCAAUGGAGGAGAAAAGUACAGUGUUUGGCAAGUAUGAAAUAGGCAGGCUUCUGGGCAAAGGGACUUUCGCCAAGGUGUAUCACGGCAAACAGAUAGCCACCGGCGAAAGCGUGGCCAUCAAAAUCGUGAGAAAGGAGCAGGUCAGGAAGGAGGGCAUGAUGGAGCAGAUCAAGCGCGAGAUUUCCGUGAUGCGAUUGGUUCGUCACCCCAACGUGGUUGAGCUCAAAGAAGUGAUGGCCACCAAGACGAAAAUUUUCUUCGUCAUGGAGUACGUCCGCGGCGGUGAGCUCUUCGCCAAGGUCGCCAGAGGCAAGCUCAAGGAAGAUGUGGCUCGCAAGUAUUUCCAACAGUUGAUCAGCGCCGUCGAUUUCUGUCACAGCAGAGGAGUUUCGCACCGGGAUCUCAAGCCCGAAAAUCUGUUGCUGGACGAGAACGAGAAUCUCAAAAUCUCCGACUUUGGCCUCUCGGCGUUGCCGGAACAGCUCCGUCACGACGGUCUCCUCCACACCCAGUGUGGUACUCCGGCAUAUGUGGCCCCCGAAGUGUUGAGAAAGAAAGGGUAUGAUGGGUCCAAGGCUGAUAUAUGGUCGUGCGGUGUCAUUCUGUACGCACUGCUCGCUGGGUUCCUUCCUUUCCAGAACGAGAACCUCAUGAGCAUGUAUACCAAGGUUUUAAGAGCCGAAUUCCAAUACCCUCCAUGGUUUUCUGCGGAAUCGAGGAGAUUGAUUUCGAAAAUCCUCGUGGCUGACCCGGAGAGACGGGCUACGAUCCCAGCGAUAAUGCGGGUCACUUGGUUUCUGAAAGGUUUCUCGAAGCCAUCUGCUUUUCAACUAGAGGAACCCGAUGAUAAGGAGCUGCAGAAAUCAGAACUUGCAAACCCAAAAUCUAAGCCUUCAUCACCCCAGUUUUUCAAUGCGUUCGAUUUCAUUUCGUCCAUGUCUUCCGGGUUCGAUCUGUCCGGGCUGUUCGAGAGCAAGAGGAGAACAGGGUCGAUGUUCACAUCCAAAUGCUCUGCCACGGCAAUCGUAUCGAAGAUUGUGACGGUGGCGAAAGGGCUGAGUUUCAGGGUAGGGAAUGAGAAGGGAUUCAAGAUCAGGCUGCAGGGGCCGUCGGAGGGUAGGAAAGGGAGGCUGACCGUGACGGCGGAGGUGUUCGAGGUGGCACCGGAGGUGGCCGUGGUGGAGUUCUCAAAGAGCUCCGGCGAUACGCUGGAAUAUGCAAAGUUUUGCGAGGAAGACGUUAGGCCGGCGCUGAAAGAUAUAGUUUGGACGUGGCAAGGCGACAGCCCGUGCAAGGGCAACAUGGACGCCGGUUACGGAGAAGGAUCUCGGGAACACGUAAUCAGCAACGUAGCAUAGGAACAGAGCAUAGCCAGCAAUCUAACUAUGUUUGAUUUCUCCCAAUGUUUUCCCUUUCCAUUUCUGCGGCCUGAUUUGUUCAGUUGAUGGUGCAAAGAGAGAAAAAUGGGUUUUUUGGUGAGAUUGUAUAUAAAUGUAAAUAGGUAAUACAGGUAAUUACUGUU